GGCACGGUACGUUACGCAAUACAUCAGGGACAUGAGAGCGUGCGGCCUGCAACGGCUGCUCAGAUGUUUCUUGACAUACAUUAAAGCAGAGGGGGGAUGCGAAAUAUGAACGCAUCCAAGCAGGGUCAUGAGGGACCUGGCUCACCUCUGGCCAUGCGUCGGAAGUGCUUCCGGGGCGAUCUGGCUGCUUCGGGUGGCGGACGCUUUCGACAGCGAUUUCAAAUCCAGAGGAGUAAUCAACCACACCAAGCUUCCGUCCGAUACCCAGGAACCCAACGCCAGCUACAAUGCUGGGUAGUAAGCAGGAGGAGACUCGAGCUUUUCAGGGUGAAUCCACUGCGUGGGUGCAAAUUUAUAUCUUAUCCCAGGAGGUACCUUUAGGUGUUUAAAACAAGGGCGCGCCCUUGUGCUAGAGCGGAGACAAAGAGGGGGAAAAGUUUGGAGUCGCUGCAGUUUUCGACGGCGGUUA